ACCAAAGAACCCUGAAGCAGAACGAUCCGGCUGAAGACGGUUUCUGGCUACUGUUACCUCACCCGGAGAUCACCUUGCUUCGCUCCCAACCGCGCUCCAAAGCCAUCACGUGACGGCGCGGAGCCCCGCCCCCGGUGACGUCACAACGCUCCCCACCGUCUCGCUGAAGAAAGGAUGCUGUAGGAUGCGGGCCAGGUGCGCGGCGCGCCGCAGCAUGCAGCACGGCAGGAGUAAGUAGCAUGGUCAGUGCAGGGGUCAUGAGCGGCUCUGGGAACCUGAUGGAUUUCCUCGACGAGCCAUUCCCUGACGUGGGAACCUACGAGGACUUCCAUACCAUUGACUGGCUGCGGGAAAAGUCACGGGACACUGACAGACACAGAAAGAUAACCAGCAAGAGCAAGGAGUCCGUCUGGGAGUUCAUUAAGAGUCUGCUGGAUGCCUGGUCAGGAUGGGUGGUCAUGCUGCUCAUCGGGCUGCUGGCAGGCACCUUGGCUGGAGUCAUUGAUCUUGCUGUGGAUUGGAUGACAGACCUGAAGGAGGGGGUCUGCCUGUCUGCCUUCUGGUACAGCCAUGAGCAGUGCUGCUGGACAUCCAAUGAGACCACCUUUGAGGACAGAGAUAAGUGUCCCUUGUGGCAGAAAUGGUCAGAGCUGCUGGUGAAUCAGUCAGAGGGAGCCAGUGCCUACAUUCUGAAUUAUUUGAUGUAUAUCCUGUGGGCACUACUCUUCGCAUUUCUGGCUGUCUCCUUGGUUCGAGUAUUUGCACCAUACGCCUGUGGUUCUGGUAUACCGGAGAUAAAGACCAUUCUGAGUGGCUUCAUCAUCCGAGGCUACCUGGGGAAGUGGACCUUGCUCAUCAAGACGGUCACCUUGGUGCUCGUCGUGUCCUCUGGCCUGAGCCUUGGGAAGGAAGGACCGCUGGUGCAUGUGGCUUGUUGCUGUGGCAACUUCUUCAGCAGCCUUUUCUCCAAGUACAGCAAGAAUGAGGGCAAGAGGCGGGAGGUGCUUUCAGCUGCUGCUGCUGCUGGAGUCUCAGUGGCCUUUGGUGCUCCCAUUGGCGGUGUGCUCUUCAGUCUAGAGGAGGUCAGUUACUACUUUCCCUUGAAGACUUUGUGGAGGUCAUUUUUCGCCGCCCUUGUGGCGGCCUUCACACUGCGAUCCAUCAACCCCUUCGGGAACAGCCGCCUGGUUCUCUUCUAUGUGGAAUACCACACACCCUGGUACAUGGCCGAAUUGUUCCCCUUCAUCCUGCUUGGAGUUUUUGGAGGCUUGUGGGGCACCCUCUUCACCCGCUGCAACAUUGCCUGGUGCAGGAGGCGCAAAACUACCAGGCUGGGAAAGUACCCAGUACUGGAGGUGAUCGUGGUGACGGCCAUCACCGCCAUCAUUGCUUACCCCAACCCCUACACGCGCCAGAGCACCAGCGAGCUCAUUUCGGAGCUGUUCAAUGACUGUGGGGCCCUUGAGUCCUCCCAGCUCUGUGACUACAUCAACGACCCCAACAUGACCCGGCCUGUGGAUGACAUCCCAGACCGGCCGGCCGGGGUCGGCGUUUACACGGCUAUGUGGCAGCUGGCCCUGGCACUCAUCUUCAAGAUCGUCAUUACGAUCUUCACCUUUGGCAUGAAGAUCCCCUCUGGCCUCUUCAUCCCCAGCAUGGCAGUGGGAGCCAUGGCGGGCAGGAUGGUGGGAAUCGGCGUGGAGCAGCUGGCGUACCAUCACCACGACUGGAUCAUCUUUAGGAACUGGUGCAGACCUGGAGCAGACUGUGUCACACCGGGACUUUACGCUAUGGUGGGAGCAGCAGCCUGCCUAGGAGGCGUGACCAGGAUGACCGUGUCCCUGGUGGUGAUCAUGUUUGAAUUGACAGGCGGUCUGGAGUACAUUGUGCCCCUGAUGGCAGCAGCUGUGACCAGCAAGUGGGUGGCUGACGCCUUUGGAAAAGAAGGCAUCUAUGAGGCCCACAUCCACCUGAAUGGUUAUCCGUUUCUGGAUGUGAAGGAUGAAUUCACACACCGAACCCUGGCUACGGAUGUGAUGCGGCCUCGGCGAGGAGAGCUGCCACUGUCCGUCCUCACCCAGGACAGCAUGACCGUGGAGGACGUGGAGACGCUCAUCAAGGAGACAGACUACAACGGCUUCCCUGUGGUGGUUUCCAGAGACUCGGAGCGCCUCAUCGGGUUUGCUCAGAGGAGGGAGCUGAUCCUGGCAAUCAAGAAUGCCAGACAGAGGCAGGAGGGCAUUGUGAGCAAUUCCAUCAUGUACUUCACAGAGGAGCCCCCUGAGCUUCCGGCCAACAGCCCCCACCCCCUGAAACUCCGGCGCAUCCUGAACCUGAGCCCUUUCACAGUGACAGACCACACACCCAUGGAGACGGUGGUAGACAUCUUCCGGAAACUGGGGCUCCGCCAGUGCCUGGUAACUCGGAGUGGGAGACUUCUUGGCAUCAUCACAAAAAAGGAUGUGCUGAGACAUAUGGCCCAGAUGGCAAACCAGGACCCUGAAUCCAUCAUGUUUAAUUAACAACAAGGUGGCAGUUAUUUCGAGCAAAUCACUGGCCAUAUCAUUUUGAAAGGAAGAACCAAAUGACAUGUUAUUAUCCCAA